AUGACGGCCGAUAACUAUGACUCGGACGAUGCCAUGAACCGGUCCCCGCCCCCGAGGCCGCAGACCGUCAAGUACCGAGAGGAAGAGCCCCUCCCACCGUUUGUCUCCGGCGACGACGUCGCAAGCGCCAAGGGAACGCCCAACCGUUCCCGUAAGCCGCACCUGCCGGAAUCCCAGACUCAAACUCGUCUUGGUGACUCCGUGCUGAUCAGUUAUUUAGCGCCUGACCGUCCGGACGUCGCGGCCUAUGCCCGCGAGUAUCCGCUGGCGGACUCGCUCAAGCAGGAACGGCCUGACAAAUGCGAUGGUGGAUAUCCAGAGAAGCUCGUGCAUUCGCAAUCAUUGCCAAAGGUCGAGGUUAAGGUGCCAGACGAUGAUCUGAAACGUGGAGGUGCCGAUGCAGACGCAGACGCAGACGGACCUGAGGGUGAACGUGAUAAGGCAGUACCACCACCACCUCCUCCCCCUCCACCACCACCGCGCGAACCUCUUCCCCCGCCACCAAGACCGGUGAUCACAACCACCUCCGUGUCGCCGAGAGAAUAUACCAGAUUGCCUUCGAUUCAAGCUCCAGACCGAAGACCUUCCGAAGACCGUCCCGGCUUGUCCCCUCUCAACGACAUCAAACCGUCCCCUGACAAAAACUUCUCACUUCCCUCCCUUCAAUCUUUACAAUCACCCCCCUCGUCAUGCGCGGCAACUUCUCCAGACUCUAGCAGCAACAACAGCCGAGUCCUUCCACCUAUCCGGUCCGCCCUCGACGGACUCUCACCCAACGAGUUUCCUCACCCGCGCGGGUUACCUCCUAUAUACUCUUACCCUGGAUCAGCAUCAUCACGCAAUGAGUCGCCCCACGACCGUCAACUACCUCAAUUCCUUCCCCAGCAAGUUCCACCCAGUCCGUUCUCGCAUUUGUCACCCGUCAGCACCAAAGAUGUCUCCAACAACCCGUCUCCUGCAUCGACGGCACCGUUCUGGCGAGGGCCACCUCCGCCGCCUCCAUCCGAGUCAAUCCAUGCGGCGACCCCCUACGACAUGUCACCCAUGACUGCGAAGAGUCCUGCAACGGGCUACCCCACGCCCACAGAGCAGGUCGGUCCUACCCCGGGGUCUGUUGAUCGGGCCUCGUUUAGCUCGCAACCAUCCGCCAACGGAGUCCAUGCUACGGGAAGUUAUAAAUGCACACACCCUGGUUGCACGGCAGCGCCCUUCCAAACCCAAUACCUCCUCAACUCCCAUGCCAACGUGCAUUCGCAAGACCGACCUCAUUUCUGUCCCGUAGAAGGCUGUCCACGAGGCGUAGGCGGGAAAGGAUUCAAACGCAAAAAUGAAAUGAUGCGCCAUGGCCUGGUGCAUAAUUCGCCAGGCUAUGUGUGUCCUUUCUGUCCCGAUCAACAGCAUAAAUACCCCCGACCAGAUAAUCUUCAACGACACGUCCGAGUCCACCACGUCGAUAAAAACAAAGACGACCCUAUUCUUCGACAAGUCCUCGCACAACGGCCCGUCGGCAGUUCACGAGGCCGACGGCGGAGAAUGAAUUCAUAA